AUGACCUGCGAUCACAAUUGUGUGAUCACCAGCCUGGAUGCAAAGUGGAGUCUAGGCUCUACCGAACAUUGGAGCAGGGUGUGGCAUCUUCCUUCAUUCACAGGACUUCUCCAUGGAGUGCUGCUUGGGGACCGAGGCUAUCCCUGCCUGCCCUACCUCAUGACCCCCUAUCCUGACCCUGGUGCAGGGCCACAAAUACAAUUCAAUGUGGCUCUCUCCCGCACCAGGGUCAGGAUAGAGAUGACCUUUGGCAUCCUGAAGGCUCGCUUCAGCUGCCUGCAUGACCUGAGGGUAACCCCACGCCGGGCCAGCAGGAUUAUGACAUCCUGUGCUGUGCUGCACAAUAUAGCCACCAUUCGGAAACAGAGGGUCCCACCUGCUGACCCACUCCCCCCUGAUGUCGUGGAUCCCAUCACCUUAAACCAUCUCACUGGCAGGGCUGUGCGGCGGGCUUUAACAGAACAAUUUUUCACAUGA